UAUAAAUUUUCAAACAUGUACACGUGCUGAGGGGCCAUAAAAAGCUUUCACUCUUACACAAGCAGCUCUAUUUUACGAAAUAAAAGCCCCUCCUCGAAAGCAGAUUUGUGUUAUUUUCACCGCUUUCAUCCAGGAACGCGCAAUAAACGAUAUGGCGAAACACAGCAUUAGCCUUCUGAGCGCCGUGGUGCUGGCAUUGAUUUUCUUCAUCAUCACCAUGGCGUUCACUGCUCUGGCAGGGCCGGGAAUACAUCCAUUUUUGCGGAGCACCGCUAAUAUUUCAGAUGAGUUUGUGACACAGAUCACACCAUCAGGAUGGACCUUUGCCAUUUGGUCAAUCAUUUACAUCUUCCUGGCCUCAGUGUUGCUCUACCUCUUAUCUGGCAUCUUCAGAAAGAAUGCCUAUGGCUACGUGUACUGCAGCCCUCCUGUUCUGCCACACGGAUUUUUCGUGGCCUGGUGUCUGAACCUGGCCUUGAACACCGGAUGGUUGUUCCUGUGGGACAGAAGGCAGAUGCCCGCUGCUCUGGCUUUCCUCAUCCUGAUCGCCUUGACGAACUACGUCGUGAUAUUCUUCUCCUGCCACGGUCUCCACAACUAUGGGGCCUGGCUCAACAAAUAUCACAAAGUGGACCUGUGGCUCCACCGUGUGUUGAUUCAAAAUGGUGUUGCCAUAUAUGCAACAUGGACGACCAUUGCAUCCAUGAUCAACCUGGCUAUUGUGCUGAAUUAUAAUGCGAGCCUGUCCCCGACGGACGCUGCCACCGUCUCUCUCUCCAUUUUGACCGCAGUGUUAAUUGUGUGGUUUAUCCUGGAAAACUUUGUCCUCGACAAACAUGUGAGGUUCAUUCUCACCAUUUACCCGGUUGUGAUCUGGGCGCUGACGGGGGUGUUCAUGAAAAACUACAAUGCUGAAGAUCCUGAUCACAAUGAUAUUUUCAUUGUCUCCCUGUUGGCGAUAGCGUGUGCCUUGUUUGUCGGGCGGGUGUUUCUUGUCAUCUGGCGUCAAAUCAAAUAUCCACUUUACGAAGAUGUCAACCCUGAGGCCAUGUCUCCGAUGGAUAUCGCCGAGAUGCAGAGAAAGAUAUUCAAGUGAGCAAUGCUGACUGAAUAUUUUUCUGGUACUGUACUGUGUGUAUGGAUUCAGUGUGGUUCCUGUACGAGUUGUACUUACUAAAUGCUCUGUAUACGUUGUGAUGAUGACUUUUGCCUUGGAGACACCGCUGACACACAGAAUGAAGCUUCAUAAUAUAAAUGGGAUAUGAAAUUCUAAGACGCUGAAAUCCAUUACAGGCCGUCUCGUGUACUUAACUAUGAGUACAUUAUGUACUCAUAUACUAAUCUCUGAAAUGUAUUUUACCAUCAUUUUUAAUACAAAUAUGCAAAUGUUGAUGUUACCUUUUGUUUUUGUUCAUGCAUUGUAACAUUAGUUUUCUGCACUUUUAAAAUAAAUAUAUUUGUUCCUCA